AUGGCCUGUCCCGUUGAGGAGAGAUCUCCUCUCACAGGCCGGGGGCACGAUUUGGCACCCACACCCCGAGCUUUGGGCUCUACAUGUGUGGGCCAUCAACGGCUACCCGUCAAUAUCCCGGACGGGUUGUUAAACACGAUUAUGCAAGCUAGAGCGCCCUCUACUAGACGGCUUUAUGCUUCCAAGUGGUCAGUGUUCUCAGGUUGGUGCUCAGCUCGCAACCUGGAUCCACAAGAUUGUGGGGUAUCGGAGGUUCUCUCCUUCCUACAGGAGCUUUUGGAUAAGGGUAGAUCCCCAUCUACGCUCAAGGUGUAUGUGGCGGCUAUUGCUGCAUUUGUCAAACAUUCACACGGAGAUAAUUACAAGAUAUCACAACUGUUCACAACUGAUUUUGUUUUAUUUUUGUGCAGGCUUUCAUACAAUCAGCCCAGUGUAGUGGGUCCAGAUGGCAAAGUUGUUCCCUUGACCCCAUGGUUGGCCCCAGUUGUAUGGGAAGGAACUUUUGAUCCCACUUUGAUUGAUUCAAUCUACAUACAACAAAACAUCACCAUAGCAACUACAGUCUUCGCUCUUGGAAAGUAUACACAGUUUCUUAAAGAUUUCCUUGAGUCUGCAGAGCAGAAUUACUUUGUUGGACUUCGUGUGCAUUAUUAUGUGUUCACUGAUCAACCAGAACAGGUUCCUGCAGUAAAACUGAGUGAAGAACAUCAUCUGACGGUGUUGACAGUACCUAGUUCUAACAGAUGGCAGGAGAUCACUUUGAGCAGGAUGGCAAGACUGGAAGAACUGAUUGAGAGUCGAUUGGUCAAUGAAGCCGACUAUGUUUUCAGCCUUGAUGUGGAUACAAAGUUCUAUGGUCGCUGGGGGGUGGAGACUUUGGGUCGUCUGGUAGGUGUGAUACAUCCUGGUUAUUAUCAAACACCUCGUGAACAAUACCCAUAUGAGCGCAGACCAGAGUCUCAAGCUUUUAUUCCUUCUUCUGAGGGUGAUUAUUAUUAUGGUGGGGCUGUGAUCGGUGGCUUAGUGAAAGACGUACAUGAGGUUGCUAAAACCUGCCGGGAGCAGCUGGACAUUGAUGCAUCUAAAUCCAUUGAGGCAGCAUGGCAGGAGGAGUCUCAUUUGAACAAGUACUUCCUUUAUAACAAACCCAGCAAGGUGCUCUCACCCGAAUAUCUGUGGCAGGACUUUAAACCUCACACAAACGAGGUCAAAAUCAUUCGCUUUUCUCAAGUUAUUAAAAACUACGCUGCUGUUCGACCAAACCCAUAGCAGCUGUUAACUUAAACGUGCAAAAACAAAA